UAAAUCCCUGUAGUUGUUGGUACACAAAACAUUAAAAAAAAAAUGUAUUUUAAGUCUUUUUUGUAUAUUUUCUUUGUUGUUUUUAUAAACUUAGUCGCGUGUUCAAGUGAUACUUGUUCUAAGUCUAAUAAGAGUAAUUGUAAUUUGUUAAAAAACGAAAAUAAGUACAACAAAGAAAUAAAUCAAAAUUACAAAAAAUAUUUCGAAGAAAUAAGCGAAGCGAAGAAGAAAUAUACACCAUGCGAAACUGAUAAAUGUAAAUGUUACUCAAAUGUGAUAAAUAAUGAUCUCAAAGCUUUUACUUCUGGAAUAACCAAAAAUGAUAUUGAGAGAGUUAAAUCAAAAGGCUCAAAAUAUCAAAUAAUUAAUCACAAACUAUAUAGAGAUAAAGACUGUAUGUUUCCUUCGAGAUGUUUGGGAAUAGAACAUUUCUUAUUGAACUUAUUACCUCAUUUACCAGAUAUGGAAUUUAUAAUAAAUUCAAGAGAUUGGCCACAAAUUCAUAAAGAUUAUGGCGUUUUUGGACCAGUAUUUUCUUUUAGUAAAACCAAUGAUUAUCACGAUAUUAUGUACCCAGCUUGGGCGUUUUGGGAGGGAGGACCUGCGAUUGAAUUAUACCCCAGAGGAAUUGGAAGAUGGGAUUUACAUCGUGAACAAUUAUCAAAAACAGCAAAUGAAACUUCUUGGGAAAGCAAAAUUCCAAAAGCAUUUUUUAGAGGCUCUCGCACAAGUUCUGAACGAGAUCCUUUAAUUUUAUUAUCAAGGGAACAUCCCGAAUUAAUCGACGCGAAAUACACAAAAAAUCAAGCUUGGAAAUCCGAAGGUGACACUUUACACGCCCCCCCUGCAAAAGAAGUUUCAUUUGAAGAACAUUGCAAAUAUAAAUAUUUAUUUAAUUUUCGCGGCGUAGCCGCAAGUUUUCGUUUUAAACACAUCCUUUUAUGCAAAUCGUUAGUUUUUCAUGUAGGUGAUGAAUGGCAGGAAUUUUUUUAUACCGCUUUAAAGCCUUGGAUUCAUUACGUUCCGGUUAAAACGACGGCUACAAAACAGGAUAUUUGGAAUUUAAUUGAGUUUUUUAGGGAAAAUGAGGAUUUGGCAAGGGAAAUUUCGGAAAAUGGGCAUAAAUUAAUUUGGAAUCAUUUAAAAAUGAACGAUGUUAAGUGUUAUUGGAGUAAGUUAUUGAAGAAAUAUGCCAAGUUGUUAUUGUUUAAACCUAGUUUGGAUUUAAAUUUAAUUGAGAUAAAAAAGUAAAAUGUUUAAAUAACUUUAUAGUAUAAAAUGCACUGGUGAAUGUCUCAUUAGGAAUAAGUAUUAAAAUAUUGAUGUGAUUAGAAAUGACAAUAAUAAUACUAUUUAAUAAUA